UUUGACCCAAUGUUUACUGUCAACUUGCGUCUGCACGAUUGCACGUGAGAAUCGUUGCUGAAGAUUUUUUACAUUCAGAUGGUAGCCAUGUGAUAAAUAUAACAAGAAUGGCUCAUUUAUUUCAUAAGAUCGUGUGUAUUGGCAUUCGUCGAUACACAGAUGACUGUGGAAACAAUCUGAAUGUGUUGCCAGUAUUAUACACAGCAAAACAUUUGAGCUCUUUUCUUCAUAGACAUAAGACAGAAGAUAUUGUUCCUGAAGAGAUUGUGAUGGCUUGUCGAGAUCAGAAGCUUCCAACAAGUGCCUCCUCCUUUCAGUGGUUGCAUUCUGUAGCACCAUUCUUCACAUUAGAUGGUGAGAAGGUCACUGUUAUUACAGAACCAAGUAAAUUUUAUGAAACACUCUUAGAGAGGAGCAAAGCAGCCAAGAGGAGAAUCACACUUGCAUCUUUAUACCUGGGCACAGGGACCCUGGAGAAAGAGCUGGUAUCUGCAAUUGCCAAGAAUCUGGAGACUUCUUCAGGGAACUUAAAAGUGAAAGUAUUGUUGGAUUUUAGCCGAGGAUCGAGGGGAAAUUUCAAUUCACGCCAUAUGCUCUUACCGUUAUUGGAGAAGCAUAAGAAGUAUUGUCAGGUUGCUCUUUACCACACUCCAGCACUCCGUGGACCUCUACGUAGACUACUUCCUCCUCGAUACAGUGAACUUGUUGGUCUACAGCACAUGAAAAUAUAUCUCUUUGAUGAUUCACUGCUCAUUAGUGGGGCAAAUCUGAGUAACGACUACUUCACAAAUAGACAAGAUCGCUAUAUAUUGGUGGAGGAUUGUCGUCCACUGGCAGACUUUUAUGAUGACCUUGUUGAGCGAGUCAGUGAAUUUUCACUGCAACUUUGUCCAGGCAAUAGAAUACAACUUCAUCACAAAUGGAACAUUCAUCCAUUUAAAGGACGUUAUGAAGAAUUUGCAGCUGCUGCUCGUGCAAACAUUCAUAAUUUCUUGGACAAUGCUUUGCAUCAAACACAACAACAGUCACAUAAUGGUGAUACUUGCAUUUUCCCACUUGUGGAGAUGGGCCAGCUUGGUGUCCGACAAGAUAGCCGUGUUACUUUGCAACUACUGAAAUGUGCAGCUUCUGGCUCCACCGUGCAUCUUGCCACAGGGUACUUCAACCUAACUGCACAGUAUAUGGAAAGCAUCAUACAUCAGUCUGCAGCAGCGUAUUCUGUCCUCAUGGCUCACCCCACUGCAAAUGGGUUUCUUGGAGCUGCUGGCCCUGCAGGUGGGAUUCCAGCUGCAUAUCGCCAACUUGCUGCUGCAUUCUUGCACAAAGUACAGAAUGCAGGCCAGGAGGACCGUGUGAGCCUUCUUGAAUACUUCAGACCUGGAUGGACAUACCAUGCCAAAGGACUUUGGUAUACCCUGCCAUUGCAGAACUUGCCAAUUCUCACCCUUGUUGGAUCUUCAAACUUUGGAAGCCGUUCGGUUUAUAAAGACCUUGAAACACAAGUAGUAAUUGUAACAACAAAUAAGAAGCUGCAAAAGGCACUCAAAGAAGAGCAAGAGCAACUUUAUUCCAGGGGAAUUCCAUUCACAGAAAAGACAGUUGCGGAUUCCAAACAGGAGACAGCUCUCUGGGUUCAUACUGUAGUAAAAUUAUUCAGGCAUUACUUCUAAGAGUAAUAGAGGCUGCAAUUCGUUAAAUCUUCGAGCCUAUGAAGAUCAUCAUGACAGUCAAUGUGACUCAGAUUAUUACACACACUGUAUUUCUUUAUCCACCUGAUUUGUUGGAAAUUGAUCAAAAUAAUGAGAGUGUUAAUUGAUAGCACAAAUGUUAUGAAUCUGUAAAAC